ACCUCGCCUUCUGCGGGCAAAGACCCUCUUCGGAGACUUCAUGCGAACAUGCAAGAAGGAGCUCGUGGAAAUGGCAAAAAUUAUCCGUUCAACGAGGUUGAGCAAGAUGGUACAGACCGGGUGCCGCGUGUAUAACACCUGCAAAGAGUCAACCCUGGGAAAAGUUCGAAGUGAGGAUAUGACCCAAGCGGAAUUCCUGGAACCGCUGCUUGAGUGUUUAUCGGCUGCUGCCCAAAAUACGAGUUCGGCGUUUUAUACAGACCUACAAAUGUCAGAAGAAUUUAGACUUGCUGCAGCAAAAUAUAUGAUUUGUGUUCGCAAGAUGGGAAAGGCUGUGUCUGUGCUGCCGGAAACCGUAGAUGACGCCCUAGCGUACGGGCACAAAGCAGUAUUUGCCUUUUGGUGGGUCUGAAUCGGUAAUUGGACCCGCCAACAGCCCUCCCUGUUUAUUUGUUCAAUAAAAUAUUGAAUAUUUUGU